CAAAAAUCAGUGACAAUCUCGACAUCCAGUCCACAGCACCGGCAGUUUGAGGGCACCUGUAGUUCGCAUUCACCACACCAUUAGCUCAGACAAAGACGUCGAGAGAGAGACAACCGGUGAUCAUGUCUUAAGCGAUCGGUGCCACUGGCGAAACACCCGGAGAGGUAUAUCCCCAGCCAUGAAACGACUACUUCGACCACUACUUCGCCGGACUUGGAGUUCGCUUACCAUUAGCCGAGAUAACGAUGUCCUGAAGCCGUUCGACGCCAUCCCGGGACCAAAACCAUUGCCAGCCAUUGGCAACAAAUGGCGAUAUCUGCCGCUAAUCGGCGAAUACAAAAUACACGAAAUGGACGUCAACUCAGAGCUCAAGCUCCGGAAGUACGGUAAAGUGGUGCGCGAAGUGAUCGACAAGAAUCUGACAAUACUUCACGUGUUUGAUCCCAAAGACAUGGAAGCGGUGUUCAGACAGGAGGGCCGCUACCCGUGUCGCCGGUCGCACCGGGCGUUACUCAAGUACCGCGCGGAUCGGCCGCACCUGUACUCGUCGGGCGGUCUGUUCCCCGAGAACGGCGUCAAAUGGUAUGACUUGAGGCGCAAGUUUCAGCAGCGGUUGAUGUCGGCCGCCAGUGUCGGCUACUAUGUGGGCGAAUGCGAGACAAUCACCGCGCAGUUGAUCCGUUAUAUACGCGACAAACGCGACGCGCGCGAAGAGAUGGUCGACUUUCUGAAUGACCUGUACCUGUGGGCGCUCGAGAACACCGGUGUACUGGCGCUCGACUCGCGCCUCGGCUGCCUAUACGCGGAUCAGUUGGCCGAUGACAGCGAUGUCAAACGUCUGAUACGCGCCGCUCACGAGACCAAUGAGGCGGUGAUGAGGACUGAGAUGACGGACGCGUGGCAGACGUCCGACACUCGCGACUACAAGAGUCUGGUGUCGGCUCAGGACACUAUGGCCGAAAUUAUCGACAAAUACCUAUCCGCUAAGUCCGCGUCCCAGGGGUCGAGUGAUAAUAACAGCGCCGGUGAUGAUCACCACAAGACAUCCAUAUUGAGUCACUUCUUAAGCGACCCGCACAUCGACCGCAAAGACCUGUUCGCUAUGAUUGUGGACCUAUUCCUCGCCGGCAUAGACACCACGGCAUUCAGCGCGGGCUUCGCGUUGUAUCACUUGUCGCGCAAUACCGGCGCUCAGCACCGGCUACGGCAAGAAAUCGACUCAAUACUACCGACGCGCGACACACCCCUAACCCCCGAACUGUUGGCGCGCAUGACUUACCUGAAGGCGUGCGUCAAAGAGACGAUGCGGUUGACACCCGUGGCGUUCGGCGUCGGGAGGGUCACCACCAGUGAGAUGACGAUCGCCGGCUAUCGGGUGCCCAAAGGCACGCAAAUUAUUACCGAGAAUCAGGUGGCGUCUCGACAGCCCGAGUACUUCCCCGACCCCAAGGCCUACGUACCCGAGCGGUGGCUUAAGACGAGUGGUUCCCUAACCGGUGGCGGUGUCUGUCCGGCGGCGGCGACUGGCAAGAGGUCGCCGUUUCUGGUGCUGCCCUUUGGUUACGGCCCGCGUAUGUGUAUCGGCCGCCGGUUCGCCGAAAUGGAAAUCUACGUGUUUUUGGCAAAAGUCAUACAAAACUUUCGCAUU